AUGCACUACCGCUGCGUUACUCAACAAGGAAUUGAAAUUGUGGGUGUGCAAGUUGAUUUAAUAAGAAAUUUGAUGUCUAAAAUUAAAGAUGGAACAGCAGAUUCUGUUUUAAAAAAAACGGAGAUGGCAUUACGUAUGUUGAGAACUGGAGAAGCAUCCACUCAAAAUCUUUUACCUGAUAUAAAGAUAAUUAAGUAUUACUGGUCUGGUCAAGAUGGCUCUUGUCUUACUGAAUUCCUCUUAGAAAAAUGCCACGCUAUUCAUGGUAUUAUCCGUCGUUCUUCUUCGUUCAAUACUGGUAGACUUGAACAUUUAUACAAAGAUCAACAUGAACGUCCAAAAUUGGCUCUCCAUUUAUGGAAAGCUGACAGAUUUCAUAUUGUUUCACAAGUGCUUCCAACUGAAAUUUAUAAUCCUGGAGGUGAUAUAGAUGGUUUGAGAACUUUACGUUUAUUAGAUGCCAUCAGAAUUGUUGCAUACAAUAUGUUUGCUUGUAAUGGUGUUUUAUUCAAUCACGAAUCUCCACGUAGAGGUCGUACUUUUGUAACUCGUAAAAUUUCUAGAGCCGUAGCUGAAACUCACUUAAAUAAACAAAGUUGCAUAUAUCUUGAUAACAUUGAUUCUAAGCGUGAUUGGGGUCAUACAAGAGAUUAUAUUGAAUUUGUUGAAAAAUCAUUUGCUGUAAUUAAUAAAACCAUUGUUUGGAAAAGCGAGGAUGAAAAUAUGGUUGGAAGCGAAGUUGACGCUGGAAUCGUUCGCGUACGCGUAGAUCCAAAAUACUUCCGUCCAACCGAAGUUGACCUUUUGCUUGGUAAUCCUACUAAAGCUUAUAAUAAACUUGGUUGGAAACAUAAAGUUGAUUUUGAUCACUUGUAA